AGAUAAGAUGCUGAGAGGAUACAAUUCUGGCCACCAUUCACAUCUCCCCCAGAUGCAUUGUGGCUUGGCGAGUUCCGAUGCAUUUCGGUGGUGGAUAGCUCGGAUUGGCGCGGGCUCAUCUACACAUCCUGGCAUGCAUGCCCGUGCAGCAGGGCUGGCCCCUCUCUGUUGCAAUUGGUGACGGCACUCGGAAUCCACAAGCCCACGAUCCUGCUCGUUCUUUUUCUCCAUCUCAGCCUGGACCCGCGGUUGUCUGUUUCAUGGCAUGCUUGGCAGAUGGCGAGUCUGUGCAGAGAAGCUAUGUAUGUACAUAGGAGUGAUAGCUCCUGAUCUCCUGGUUGACCCGACCCAUUGGGACCACCUCUUUUCCAUCCUGCGGGCGCCCGGGUCCGUUGUCCUUGUUGAUCACUCAAAGCCAACCAGUUCCUCAACUCCAAUGUCGACCUAAUCUCAAGUCGCGCAGCUGCUAUGUCGCCUGCCAUGGACUCGGCAGCCUACGAUGCUGGCUUGGCUCAGUACAUCGGCCACCCGGUGCCGUAUCAGUUUGAUCCCGCCCUCCUCACGCUCAGCUAUGCUGUCAGUCUCGUCGGCGCCGCCUCGACCCUCGAGCUCAUCAACCGACGGACCUCGAGAAAGGGGUACUACAACAAUCUGUUACUGCUAGCCGCCUCGGUGACCAUGGGUGGCGUUUCCAUCUGGUGCAUGCAUUACAUUGGCAAUCGUGCAACAAGUCUGCUCAACGGGCAGCCCGAGCUUCAGGUUGUCUAUUCGGUCCGCGUUACGGUAGCCUCCUUUUUCGUACCCAUCCUCGUCUUGUGCGCCGCCUUCUUUGUCGUGACCAGCACCCGAAAUGCCAAUGGCGUCAACUGGUGGCGCAUCGGGGUAUCUGGCACGUUGUCAGGGGGAGCCAUUUGCGGCAUGCACUACCUCGGCAACGCCUCCAUCAGCAACUAUCACUGCAGCUACCACCCUGCCAACGUGGUUGGGUCUGCCCUCAUUGCUGUUGCGGCUAGCACCGUUGCGCUCGCGCUGUUUUUUGUGUUUAGGGCAUCUUGGACCAACUCCUGGUGGAAGAGAACUGGAUGUGCCAUCGUCUUGGCUGGCGCCGUCUCGGGCAUGCAUUGGUGCGGUGCUGUUGGGACCACAUACCGACUGAUGCACCUCCACUCGAGCAGUGAGAUGGAUACCAGAAAUGUCACGGUUAUUGUGAUUUCAUGUCUGUCAGUUGCUGCCUGUGCUGUCAUGGCAGGGACGGCCAUCUACUCGGCGCGAGUGCGCCAAAGCUACGCCAGCAAGGCCCAAAGAAUCACUCUCGCCGCUGCUGUGUUCGAUCAUCAAGGCCGAAUCCUCGUUUCCCCUGAUGGAGCUCUGCCCAGUGAGGAGAUUACCAGCAAGUUUCUCCAAAAGACCCAAAACGACGUCUUCUCUACCGCACACCCCCUUUUCCACUGGGUCUUCCAGGCGUCGAGGAAUUGGUCCAGCGUGACUGUGCUGCUGGGAAAGAUGAGAAACCACCUGGCCGAGCUUCCGCAUCGUGGUCGCAAUGUGCGAACAGGCAUCUCUCUGGUCGAUGACGAUGGCCAUGUGAUUGACAACUACGACGUGAUCUUCCGCGAGUUGUUCUGCUUGGCUGCCGCCGGGCUUGCUGACAAGAUGAACGAGAACUUGACAGAUGCUGGUAUUCUUUGGGAUGAGAUCUUGUCGACCGGUGGCCAACCGGAUUCUGUGUCACUUCGCUCAAACUCGACGGGCAAGACGCAGGGACCGGUCCCUAUCACGUCACGAGAUGCCGACAUGGCUGAGAAGGGAGUUACGAUUCACCGCCACAACCACGGCUCGCUCAUGUGCUUGGUACGUGCUGUCGAUAACCCUCGAGUCAUGGACCGACUCGAGGCCUCUGGGUAUUGCUUCGCCGACCCUCGUCAAGUUGCCCACAUCAUCGGCGCCAAGAUGCAGAUUCGAACCGCACAUCUGGAACAGAAGUUGGCGAACAUGAAGGAUUAUGCUCACGGCACAAUGCUUGAUCCCGGCGUCCAUGUUGGCUUGUUUGCUGUUCGCACGCAAGUCGACAGCCACCACGGCCACGGUUUCGAUCUUCUUGUGCAAAAACAGGCUCGAAAUCUGCUUCCUAGCGUGGAAAUGCCGCUCGACCGCCUUGAGCCGUCUCAUUUGGAAUUCCUGCGCCAGCUCCACGGCCAUUCGGUCCAAGCUAUCCUCCAACGGCUCCGGCGCGUCCAAGACAUUGCACCACGCAACGCCGCUUUCGCCGCUCUUCUCAGCGACGCUGUUCGGAAUCUGCGUAGUGCCACCAACGACAAGAUUUUGGACGAUGCCAAACUCAUUUCUCGGGUGGCCCAAGUACCUUGCCGAUCGCCAGUCGGCUCCAUGGCCACGAGGUUGGCGACAUGCUCGAUGAUCACCUUUAGCAUCAUGAUUCCGAUUCACAUCAAGGUCAAAGUUCCAGACCAUGCGUUUGUCCCCUUGUACUUUUUCAAAACCCAGCAGCUCGUGUACGCCAACUCGCCACACGCGGCCGCCUUUGCCCGGAAUGUGCACCGGGAGUUGAGCCCCGUCUUGAACUCUGCCUCGACCGCCCCCCCGAAGUCCCUCUCCUCCCAGCUACCCUUCACGAUGUUCUCUCGCUUCAGGCGCCACAGAAGACCGUCGUUAGAGACGCGACAAGUGCGAGCCAGCAAGCUCGUUUCCUCCAGCCGGGAAUGCAUGGCCCCUGCUACUCCAUCCAACAACCCGAGUGUUGUGUCGUUAGGUUUGUACCGCGGCGCAUCGUCCAUCAACGGACAAGACCCGGAUACAGAUCAGCUCUCAGACUCGACACUUGCCCCGGAAAGAUCUCAGCAUCGCCAACGCCCGACGUACGACCAGCAGCGAGCCACCGGUCCAAAACUAAGCCUUCAACCCAACAACGGGAAGCAACACAAGCACAACAAGUCGUUUGGUGGAAUGGGCAUCAUGAUUUCGCAGGAGGUGACUGUCGAUGUAGAUGCUACCACCACCGCUGUCGGACCCAAAUCGCCCGCUGUUGCCCUUGCCGCCGAAGAGGUCGAAAUGGUCGAUGAGACCAAGAGGAUCCACGAAGUCUAUGAGAAUCCCACCCCGGCAUCACCCCAAAUUCCUGGGAGAAAGAAUGGAACCUUUGUUCAGGAAAUUGAGUUGGAGAACGUGACGAGCGUCUUGAACUUGAACGGAGGUACAGGCUUCUCCACCGCCAGGGUGGAGGUGAAGAAGGAUGGAGACGCAGCCGAAACGCAGACGUUUGUGGAUGAGUUGUUUUCCGGCUGUUUAGCGCUGGUAAAGUAUUGAGUGGCUGGUCAUGACCAAAAGGUGAUGGUGUAGGAUUAUGAUACCCCUCUUGUGCGUAUGUUUUCAUCGGUUCAUGGUUGUGUUUUGGCCAGCAUGCAGAAAGUGCUGCCCUGUACCUGUUGAGAUGGAAUAUGCGGAACCAUGUAAUAGUAUAUAGUAAUGAAUAUUGCUUGAAAUCACGCUUUGUUGAUGAGCAGUGAGGC